AUGUUGCAGGGGUUCCUGGACUACGGAUUCCAGGUUCGGAAGAACGCUUGCGCGAUCCUAUCAUUGCUCGCCGGCGUAAGCCUGGCAGCACAGAAAAGGCGGUAUAAUUUUACCAUCACGAACAAGUGGAACGUUGGAGAUGGCCAUGGUCGACCUGUCUUUGCCAUCAACAACGAGACACCAGGGCCCCUCAUCGAAGCGGAAGAAGGUGACGAAGUGGAGGUGUUCUUAGACAACCAACUGGCUUUUGAAACAACCAUGCAUUGGCAUGGCAUCUACCAAAUCGAUAGACCCUGGAAUGAUGGAGUCCCUGGCGUAACGCAAUACUCCAUUCAACCUCGAGAUACCUACACUUACCGAUUCACGGUUCAGCAACAAUAUGGAAGCUAUUUCUAUCACGGACACUUCGGGCCUGCAUUUGCUGAUGGCAUGCGAGGGCCGAUAUGGAUCGCACCUGCUCCGUGGAGGCCAAGGCCUUACGAGCUGAUAUCGUCGUCCCCAGUCGACAUUGAUGGCAUGAAGCGAGCUGAGAAGCAUCCCAACCAUGUUAUCAUCAGUGACUGGAACGCCGAGCCCAUGGAUACCUUGCUGGUCAUGUAUCGGGAUACCGGCAUUGUUCCAUGGUGCAGCAACUCGAUCGUUCUCAACGGCAAGGGAAGGACAGUAUGUCAUCCAAGAGAAUUGAUGGAGUCCGUGGGGGGUCCAGGGAGAAACUCUCUUGGUUGUCUACCCCAAAACGGCCAGAAGGAAUACGCAAAUGAACAGGCCUGCCAAGCAACCUUCGCUGAUCUCGAGGUCUUUGAGGCUCAAAGCGGCGAAGAGUGGAUUUGGAUCAACUUCAUUCAUUCUGGAGCACACCAUGAGCUGCAAAUCAGCGUGGACGAGCACGAUUUCUACGUUGUCGCUGCCGAUGGAGAGUUUGUGCAUCCUCAAAAGGUUCAUGCUGCCAAUUGCAACCUUGGGGAACGUAUCAGCAUUCUUGUACAUCUCAAUCAGAGCCCUGGGGACUACGCUAUUAGAUUGACCUCGCUCCGCCCAGAGCAAGUCAUUCAAGGCUUUGGAGUCCUUCGUUAUCCUGAUCAAGUCAAUGAAUUAAAGCAAGAGGUCCCGGACACAAAGCCUUGGGUUCAUCUAAACGGAACUCUCAUCUCGUCUACCUCCGUGGCCAUGGAUGAGACCAAGCUUGCACCGUACCCGGCGCGACCUCCUCCACCCAAGGCAGACAACACCGUCAAGUUCUUCGUCAACAUGACGGGCCCCAGCACCUGGGCAUUGAACAUCGGUCCUCAUCAAGCCUUCCGUCAACAGCUCCCUCCUUUAUUAUGGGAUAAAGAGUCACGCGGCCAAACGACCUACGGAGACAACACACAAGGCGGCGUGCUUCAAAAUGGGACCAUCGUCGACAUCAUCUUCGAGAACGGUGCCAACGUCACAUCGCAACAUCCAUUCCACAAGCACAACAACAAAGCUUUUGUCAUCGGCACUGGCACUGGUGGCUUCCCAUGGCCAACAGUCGAGGAUGCGAUUCGCGAGGGUGGCAUGGCGAAGCACUUCAACUUCAACAAUCCACCUAAUCGAGACGGCUGCAGGCUCGGAAAUAGCACUGGGGACUGGACAGUCAUCCGAUACGAGAUCUCCUUCCCUGCCGCUAGCAUGCUUCAUUGCCAUAUGAUUCACCACUUCGCAGCGGGGCAGCAAGUCGUGCUACUUGAGGGUGUCGAAUCCAUGGCCAAAAUCCCCGCAGAAAUGCAAGACAGAGUACACUCUGACUUCACCCCACCUCUUCGGUAUGGCCCAUUGGACUGA